AUGUCUCCCAACCACUCUCCCCCUCCUUCUUCCUCCACGCGCGGUCCGCCGUCCAGCCCUUUCGCUGGUACCGACCCCACGUUGUACACCCCGGAGGCUGUUCGCAAGGGCGGUCGUACCGCAGUUCCGGAGUCCAGCAAGGCGGCCGGCAAGAAGCCUGUUAUCGAGAUUCCAGCCAUUCGUCACACUGCUUACCACGGUCUCAAUCCGCAGCCCCAUGACCUCCCGGUCUUUGUCAACGAGAUCGAAACCGCUAGCCGUGAUUUCAUUUCACGUUACGUUCUCGUUCAACUCAUUCCAGAUGGCAAUCGUGACAUCGAGGCAGGCUCGGACCACGAGACAGAGUUGGCGAAGGUCCAGGACAAGAUGAAGGAGUACGCCGUCUUCGACAUGUGUGUCCCUAUUUACAGCCGGGGCGUCUACCUCCGCUUCGAUAAUCUCCAGGACGCCGGAGCUGGAAAGCUGAUCCUGGAGCAGCACUUGUUCCGCUGCUGCUAUGUCGACAAUUAUACGUUCGCCAUCGCGAAGUCGCAGGACACUGCGGCCAUCGAUGAGUUCGAGGGACAGAUCCGUGUCGAAGUUCAAGCCGCUCCGGUUGUGGACACUCUGCCCAUUAUGUUCUCCCUCAACGACCUGAAGGGUAUGCACGACGAUCUUGAGGCUGCUCUGUCCCGCUUUGGACCAAUUCGCGACUUCGUCCACGUUUCAACUGACCAGAACUUGAUGGCGUUUGUCUUCCGCUUCGAAUUCUACUCUGUGGAGGUGGCCAACCGCACUCGGGCUAGUCUUCUUGAGACGCCUUUGACCCGUAUGGACCAGCAUGUAAGUGUUCCUGUCUCAUCAUCUGCUUCGCUCCAUGUUAACAGUUCCCAGGGUUUGUGGUCAUGGAACAUCAUCCGCUCCGAGAACUGGACCGGUCCUCGUCCCCCGAACUCACCGCACCGUCGCCUCCCUCGUGUCGACGACAAAGGCCGCUUCAUGGAGUUUCGUCACGCGCCCCUCGUGAAUGCGCCUACCAUGGAGCCCCGCGAGGAGCGCGAUGGCGCACACAACAAGGUUUAUCGAUCGAGGAUCGUUGCCGGCUCCGAUGUCCGCACUACCAUCAUGCUACGAAACAUUCCGAACAAGCUGGACUGGAUGUCGCUCAAGACGCUGCUCGAUCGCGUAUGCUUUGGCACUUAUGACUUCAUAUAUCUUCGCAUCGACUUCAAGUCCGGACACAAUGUCGGAUAUGCCUUCAUCAACUUCGUGGACAUGACCGGAAUGAUCUCCAUGCUUGACAAGGUCGAGCAUCGCGGUUGGCCGGGCUACCGUUCGUCCAAGAACGCCGAGCUAUCAUAUGCGACGAUCCAAGGACGUGAGGCCCUUGUGCAGAAGUUCCGCAACUCUUCAGUCAUGCAGCAGACCCCUUACUGCCGUCCCCGCCUCUUCAUCACCAAGGAAGAGGCUUGGAUCAACCAGAAUAUCCGCAAGACCGGCGUUGAGGUCAAGUUUCCGGAUCCCGACAACUGGUCGAAGUUCCAGCGUUCGAUCGAUAGCGCCCGUACCGUUGGCCUGUUCCCUCCGACCGGUGUCGUCCAUCAGAGCAUCGAUCGUGCGCAUAUGAGCUCCUACGAUCGUGGCACCCCUCGCGAUAUGGUCCAUAUGUACAGCCAGUACGGACACCCUCCCACUUUCAAAGGUUUCUCGGAGCCGUCGAAGCGCACGGUUGAGCAGCUUUUCCAUGCGCAAUUCGGUCCCGCACAGUCCGGCAUGGUGACUUUCGAGUACAUCCCGCUCCGCCUGGCUCAGCAACUGCUUGGCGAGAACGGCUCGCCGACCUUCAUGGGGCGGUCCGCGGAUCCCGCCUAUGUGGCCACUCCGCCAAUCCCAAUGUACGCGUACGCUGCUGGCCCUUCCUACACCAGCAAUGAUGCGUACAACAACGUCAGCUACUACCAGAACGGCGACGAGCUUGGUGACUUGGAGUAG